AUGUCAUCAUCCAAGAGGUUUGCUGGAAAAGUGAUUUUGGUGACGGGUGCGAGCUCGGGCAUUGGUGAGUUCGUAGCCAAGGAACUGGCCCUUGACGGGGCCCAUGUGAUCUUAGCCGCGCGCCGUUUAGAGAAGCUGCAAGCGAUUCAGCACACCAUCGAAGCAGGACAUGGUUUGGCCAGCACUGUCGCGCUUGAUGUGCUGGAUUUUGAGUCCGUGAGGCGAGUUCUACAGGAAAUUGUUGCCACACACGGACGUUUAGACGGAGCCUUCAACAACGCUGGGGGUGCAGGUCAGAGUGGCACACUGUUAGAGUUGGAGACAGCUGAGUUCAAGCGAAUCUUUGAGCUGAAUUUCUAUGGGACCUACCACUGUAUGAAGGCAGAGCUGGAGAUCAUGACCCAACAGAAAUUUGGAUCCAUUGCGGCUCAGGUCAAUAACUUGUCCAUGUUUGCCAAGCUCAUCAUGCCCCUACAAGCUGCCUACUGUGCCUCCAAACAUGCCCUGCUGGCACUGCAAAACUCCGCCGCGGCGGAAGCGGCUGCAUCUGGGGUCAGGGUCAACUCGGUGAGCCCGGGCUUUUGCCGGCCGAGCGAGUCGUUGGACGGAUACUUGCAGCAACAUCCAGACGUGGAAUCGACCUUGGCCUCGCCCUUGGUUCACCCCAGUGGUGCUAUCGUCCACGCCAGCGAUGUUUAUGCCUCCGUAGCGCUGCUUUUGGAUGGGAAGACGUCAGGUGCAAUGACUGGGGCCGAUCUCCCAGUGACUGGUGGCCAUGGCAUCCCACUCCUCUCUCUGGGAUGA